ACAAUCAGCUCCCCAACCUUUUCUCCCCAAGGUGAAGCAGCAAGUGCUUGGAGAUACAGCAUCUGCUGGUGCAGUUGUCUGCGAUCAUCCUCAUGGACAAGGAUGGGACCAGUCAGCGCCUCAGAGGGAGGCGAUACCCCAUCGUGGCCUCUGAAUGCUCCCCAUUUGCACGAGGAUGGAACCUCUCCGAAGCCAUUGCUAGACAGAAGAAGGCAGGAGUGAUGCUUAGCUGCUCUUACCCUGGUCCUCCCUUCCUAAACGACUGUCCAAGGACAUCCAUUCAUACCUCAUUCCUGGUGCUGUUGACACUUCUCUUGGCGGGUGCAGUUGGCGUCAUCUGGAAACUUUACCGUGACAAAGAGCAGGAACGCUGGAACAAAGAGAAACUCCAAGGAGAGCUCCGCUGGAGAAAAGCUCAAAAACUGGAUGACUGGAGAAAGGCCCGGUCCUAUGCUGCUAAGGUGACUCUGGAUCUGGACACAGCCUUUGCAGAACUCUUUCUGUCUGAAGAUCGCCGAAGGGUGCAGCGCAGAAAUUUGGGGCAGGAGCUCCCACAGAAGCCCGGGAGGUUUUUGUGUGAGCCCUGUGUGCUGGGCUACGAGGCCUUCUCUUCGGGGAGGCAUUACUGGGAGGUAGAAGUGGGGGACAGGAUUUUCUGGGAGCUUGGGGUGUGUGAAGAUAAUGUGGAAAGGAUAUGGGGCAUCAGAGAGUCACCCCAACAAGGUGUCUGGGCCUUAGAAUUCUGUGACACUAAGUAUCAUGCUCUCACCUCCCCACGGACACCCCUGCCCCUCAGUGAGCCCCUUAGUCGGUUGGGGAUCUUCUUGAACUACGACGCAGGGGAUGUCUCCUUCUACAACGCAACUGAUGGGUCCCACCUCUACUCCUUCCCUCCAACCUCCUUCUCGAGGCCCCUCUUCCCUUUCUUCUGCCUGUGGUUUUAUGAUCCAACUCCUCUGACCAUCUGCCACUGAGGCUGCAGGUACAGAAAGUUUCAGCUGCCCCUGCAGAAAGACCUGUUCCUGGGGUGGAACAAUGACCUUGUGGACCAGAGCCCUUGGGCUUCCCUUCCUGGCUUCCAUGAAGGUUGAGCCCUUGCGACUUUGCUUUCGGAGCUGCAGCCCUUUUUGUGCCAGUUCAAGAGGCUUGGUGAAGGCUAGGGUUCAUGUGAGGAACUCCCUGGCCAACCAAUAGAGCCGCAGAAGAACAGCACAACACCCCAGGCUCACAUCAGGAAGGUCUGCUGGAUGGAGCUGAAAAACUGAGAGGAACCUCAAAGGGAAACAAAGACAGAAAUACUGAUGGGAAGAUUGGAGGGCUGGAGAAGGCUGUCUGACUUUUCAUCUCUUCACAUCAUCAAGAAGAAAAGCAAAGCAAUGCUCACCACAAUUGUCUGCAAUGUCUGUGUGAUUGAACAGCAGCAGGAGGCUGCAUCUGGGUGGGGCUUUGGCAUUUCAGUCUGUUUUUACCCACCUGCACCCCAGGAGCUGUUUAAGUGCAUGAAGAGUCCCUUCACCAGGGGAGCACACUCAUCUGGGACUCAGCUGUCAAGCUAUGUUCCAUCAUCUGAUGCCAGAUAAUACCGUCUCUAAGAAUCUAUUACAUGUGCUACCAAACAAUUUCAAUACAGUUUGCAUUAUUUUCAUCCAA